GCGGCGGGAAGAUGGCGGCGGGCGCGCGGGGCCCGCAGCGGGGGCGGCCGGUACGGCGCUGAUGGGACGGGACCCGCCGCGACCUUGACCCCAGCCCAGCCCGGGGUGGCAGCAGCAUGGAGAGAGGGGCCCCGCGGCCUGCCCGCUCCUCCGUGCCCCUGCGGCGCUGCCAGGCAGCAGUCGGAUCCGGCCCGGCCCACGGGGUGCCCCGCCGCUGCCUGUGACUGUCCCUCGCCUUGCCGAUGGAGAGGAUGAGCUGGCUGAGCAAGCUGAACCCGCGGGCGGCCGGGCAGCGUGCCCCCCGCAGCGCCAGCCUGCAGAGCCCUGUCACAGCCGACCCCGAGACCUGCCUCAUGGUCUUCAAGAACCACUGGUCCCAGGUCCUGCGCAUCUUGGAGCGGCGCGGCUGCAAGCCGGCACCUGAUGACCUCAGCGCCGUGCGCAACAACACCUACCAGAUGCUGAACCUGCUGGCGGAGGACCGGCCGCGGGGGGAGGCGGCCCAGGGGCCCAUCCUGGAGUUUGUGGCCUCGGAGAACCUGCUGGAGCGGCUGCUGUGCUGGCAUCUGCAGGGCGACUUCACCGAGGAGCGCAAGGUGGAGCAGCUGAAGCUCUACGAGAUGCUCAUCAGCCAGGCCCGGCAGCCCCUGCUGCGGCACAAGCCGGUGCUCACACCGCUGCUGCGGCUGCUCAGCCUGUGCGCUGAGCCCACCUCCGCCCCGCUGGAGAACAGCCUCGUCCUGCUGCUCAACCAGCUCUGCGUCUCCGUGGCCAAGGAGCCCUCCAUCCUGGAGCUCUUCUUCCACAGCCACACGGACCAGGGCCCCGCCAACCUCAUCAUCUUCUCCCUCCUCAUCCCCUUCAUCCACCACGAGGGUGUCCUGGGGCAGCAGGCCAGGGACGCGCUGCUGCUCAUCAUGGCGAUGUCCGCCAGCAACCACGCCGUGGCCAAGUCCAUCACCGACAACUCCUACUUCUGCCCGGUCCUGGCCACGGGCCUGAGCGCCCUGUACUCCUCCCUGCCCCGCAAGAUCGAGGUGCGGGGGGACGACUGGCACUUCCUGCGCCGUGAGGACUGGAUCGGUGUCUCCUCCCUCGUCCUCUUCAUGAACUCGCUGGAGUUCUGCAACGCUGUCAUCCAGGUCGCCCACCCCCUCGUGCAGAAGCAGCUGGUGGACUACGUCCACAACGGGUUCCUUGUCCCCGUCAUGGGGCCGGCGCUGCACAAGACCUCCAUCGAGGAGAUGAUUGCAAGCACAGCCUACCUGGACCUGUUCCUGCGCAGCGUCAGCGAGACGGCCCUGCUGAAGACCUUCCUGCGCUUCGUCCUGCUGCACCGCCACGACAACAGCACUAUCCUCGACACGCUCGUGGGCCGCAUCAACAGCAACUCCCGGCUCUGCAUGGUGUCCCUGAGCCUCUUCCGGACGCUGCUCAGCCUCAACUGCGAGGAUGUCAUGCUCCAGCUGGUGCUCAGGUACCUGCUGCCCUGCAGCCAUGUCAUGCUGAGCCAGAAGCGGGCGGUCAGGGACCUGGACAUCUAUGGGAAGACGGCCGCCAAGUUCCUCUCCCUCAUCCCGCGGUGCUGCCGUCCCGAGAGCCUGCCGCCGCCCGACCGGGAGGAGGAGCACGCCGCCUGGUCCAAGGGCCACGGCAGCCCCAACGUGGACACCUCCUCGGUGGUGACGGUGCCGAAGCCCUCCACGCCCUCCCGGCUCUCCUUCUUCAUGCGGCAGCAGAGCGCGGCCCCCGAGGCGGCCGGCCCGGCACCGCGCUCCCCCGGCACGCCAUCCGGCAGCCCCUGCCACCGGGCCGGCAGGUGGGAGGAGGUGUCGGAGCUGGACAGGAACUACCUGGAGUACCUGCGGGACGCGCGGCGCAGCAUCGACCGCUGCACCUGGGCUUGCCGUGUCUGGUCGGCACCCUACGACGGUGAAGAGCCCAGCGCCGGCGGUGCCGCCCCCCCGCCCGACGGUGGCCCCCCGCUCGGCCCCGACUGCCUCGGCACCCCGCGCCCCCCGGGGCCCCCCACGCCGCGGACUAAAAAGCGGGGCCUGCCGGAGGAGGGGGCGAGGGAGGGGCAGGGGGGCCCCCCUGGCAGCAGCGGUGAGCCCGGCGCGGGGGGCCCCAGCCCUGAGGCCCGGGACUCGGGGACCCUAGUGAAUGGGGCGCAUGGGCCGGCGGAGCUGGGCCGGCCCGAGGGGGACGUGGUGGUGAAGAAGGUGCGCCGGAGCCCCCGGGGCGAGGGCGAUGAUGCGGGGCCACCCCCCGAGUGGGAGCACCGGCCGGUCCCGGCGCAGAACGGGGCUGCGGCCCCCCCGUCCCCCCAUCCGCAGCCCCCGGGCUGGGAGCCGCUGCCCUCGGUGGACUCGCUGAUUGAGGAGCUGCUGGCCCGGGUGCCGGCCGAGCCCAAUGGGGCCGGCGUCACCAUUGAGGCCUUCACCGAGGAGCUGCGGGAGAUCGAGGCUGAGAUGAAGAACAGUGGUGGCGGGGCCCUGCCCGCCCCCCAGGAGCCCCCCGAGAUGCCCCUGUCCCGUGAGGAGGAGGAGGCCUUCGCCAGCUUCGCCGCCCUGCCUGAGGGGGAUGCCGCGGGGCGGGCGCCGCCGCGGCCGCCGGACCCCCUGGCCCAGCUGGUGGCCAGCCCGCCGCGGGCGGUGGGGCCGCCCCCCAGCCAGCCCUUCACAGGCCCCUUUGUCUCGGUGCUGUUUGGGAAGCUGGAGAACAUGCUGCACAACUCGCUCUACGUCAACUUUCUGCUGACGGGGCUGGUGGCCCAGCUGGCCUGCUACCCCCAGCCCCUGCUGCGCUCCUUCCUCCUCAACACCAACAUGGUCUUCCAGCCCAGCGUCAAGUCCCUGCUGCAGGUCCUCGGCUCGGUGAAGAACAAGAUCGAAAGCUUCGCUGCCAGCCAGGAGGACUUCCCGGCUCUGCUCUUCAAAGCCAAGAAGUACCUGAUCGCCCGGGGGAAGCUGGACUGGUCGGACGUGCCGAGUGCAGUGCCCUCCCUGCGCCGCACCGAGACGCUGGUGAAGAGCCGGAAGCCGUCCAUCGGGGAGCUGAUCCUACGGCACACCAACAGCCCGACGCGGGCGCGCCAGGCGGCACAGCUCGCCUUCCAGCACGUGCGGGACGGGCAGGUGCUGCAGGCGUUGGCCGGGGCCUCCCUCUUCCGCAGCUCGGCCGAGCGGCAGAGCGAGGCGCUGCGCGUCAAGAACGCCGUCUACUGCGCUGUCAUCUUCAGCGAGUUCCUGAAGGAGCUGGCGGCCAUCGCCCAGGCCCACGCCGUCACCUCACCCUUCCUGACUGAGCCCCCUGAGGAGUGACCCCCCCCCCCCCACCCCUGCCGGCUGGCGCCUUUUUAACCACCCCCCAGGACACGGACCUUUUUAAUUUAUUGGGGAUGAAUGUUUGGCUGAGAUCUUGCUGCAAUAUGUACAGGAGUGACCGGCGGCCCGCUGCCCCCGCGGCUCGGGGGGCGGCAGGGCAGGACCCUGGGUGGCCCCGGGCGCGGUGGCGGGGGCUCGGCGGGGCGGUGGGGGUGUGGGGCGGGCUGGGUCUGCCCCCCUUUGCCUCCCGCCGCUCCCCCAGGGGCUGUGUACACCGUGGGGCCCUGCUCUGGCCGUCGCCCACCCAGCCCCUCUCUAUGCAACACCCGCCGCCCGCCUGUGCUGCGGGGCCCCCGGGGGUGUGGGGCUGGGGGGGGGGGGGGCGGGGCGCGGUGGGGCUGGGGCA